AUGGCCGCGGUCCUGCUCGACCCGGUGAUGAACCUCGUCGACACAGCGCUCGUCGGGCGUUUGGGCGCCGCGAACCUCGCGGGAGCCGGCACCGCGGGUCUGAUCUUCUCCUUCAGCUCGUGGCUCUUCGGGUUCCUGGCCAUGGUGACGACGCCCAAGGUGGCCGUCGCGCGCGCCAAGGGCAACCACGAGGAGGCCUACCGCCAGGUCGGCCAGACCAUCUUCCUCGCGGCGUCCAUCGGGUGCUGCCUCGCGGCUGGCUUCUGGGUGGGCGCAGAGAAGCUCGCGGGGACGCUCGCGCACGGGGACCCGGCCGUGCUGGGCCACGCCACGACGUACCUCAAGUGCCGCGCGCUCUCCGCACCCUUCCUCCUCGUCCAGUUCGUCGCGUUCGGAUCCUUCAGGGGCAUGAAGGACACGCGCACGCCGCUGCUGGCGUCGGUGCUGUCCAACAUCACCAACCUGCUGCUGGACUGCCUCUUCAUCUUCGGGUUCGGCUGGGGCGUCGCGGGGGCGUCCAUCGCGUCGUCGAUCGCGGUGACCGUCGGGUGCACCACCGCCCUCACGCUGCUGUGCCGCAAGGGCAUGAUCAAAGCACGGUACGUCUUCCGGAUCCCGCCGUGGUCGGACGUGCUCCCCACCUUCACCGCGGGCCUCUCGCUGUCGCUGCGCACCAUCUCCGGCAUGGCGGCCGUCCUCACCGCCACGUCGUGCAUCUCGUGGCUCGGCGCCGCACCGCUCGCUGCCCACGAGAUCCUCCGCCAGAUGUGGAUCUUGACCAUCAUGGCGUACGAGGGGUUCAACGCCGCGGCGAACGCGCUCAUCGCGGUCGGCGUGGGGCAGGGCCGCCCGGACAGGGCCGCCGGGGUGUUCCGGCGCCUCAUGGAGCUCAGCGGCAUCUGGGGCCUCGCCGUCGGGCUGUCGCUGUGGUUUGCGCGGCAUCAGAUUGCGGCGACCUUCACCACUGACCCGGCGGUGGCGAUGGUCGUGCUCGCCAUCUUCCCGCUCCUGACGGCGCUGCAGCCGCUGGACGCGAUGGUCGGCGUCAUGGACGGCACGAUGUACGGGCUGCAGGAGCACAAGUUCAUCGGCAUGUCGAUGGCAGUCACGACGGCCUUCUGUCUGAGCACGUUGUUCGGGCUGUGGCAGGUGUGGCCGUCCGUGAUGGCGGUGUGGGUGAGCCUGAAGGUGCUGACGAUCGGGCGCGGGGUCGCGGGGACGUGGAAGCUCACGCGCAAGGACAGUUUCCUGAUGGAGGCCGCGCGGAUGCGCGCCGAGGAGCAGGAGCUGAACGGCGCGCGGGGAACGAACGGCAACGGAGGUGGCGGGCCGCUGCCAGCACCCGCUGCCACAGGUUGA